GAGCCUCCAGUAUAUCCAGUUAAUUUACAGCAAAAAACUGCAAAGAUCAACACGUUGGAGAAAGAAAACACAGAGCUGGCUGAAGCAAUAUCCACGUGGGAACAGAAGAUACAUCUUCAGGAAGCUAAGAGAGAAAGUAACAUUCACUCUGCUGAAGCUCUGAAGUUGAAAUCAGAAGAUGCAAACGGUCAAUUGGAGGAACUGAGAGCCUGGAGGUCCAAUAAACGUGCACUGGAAGCAAGGAUAAAAGCCGUGGAAGACCUUCGUAAUGCUGUGAGUUCUAUUAAAGCAAUCAGGGCAGAAACAGCCAAAAGGCUGAAGGAGAGCAGAGACGUCCUUGAUGAAUCCAAUGAAGAAAGAAAAAUGGCUACAGCAAAGAAUCUGGAUAUGACAAAGUGUGAACUAGUGGCAAUGAAGAAUCAGACGGCAACUGCAGAGGAAAAUCUGAAAAUAGCUACAAGGGACAUACACAAGUGCAAACAGCAAAUGGAACAAACACGAGAACAGCUGCAGAAGGCAGAACGCACCUUCACACACCAGGUCGCAGUUUAUGACCGUAAUGCUCGGAAAAACUGGAUCAGGACUCAGAUCUGGGAGAGGAAAAUGGCGGAGCAGAGCCGGGAGGUCGCCCACUUGAAAUACAGACUGGAUGUGAUGCAAGGAAAGAGGCUGCUUGACAGACACAGGAGGCGGAGACCAAUGCCUGGAAGUCCAGAGAAACAGAACCCUGCGAGGAGAGGUAAAAGGCAUGUGGUGAUGUGCAGCAGCCUAAUUUCUGCGGCAAAGCCUUUUCCUGUGGGUGAUCAUCGUGUGUCCUGGACAGAACCGCAAACACUAAGGACAGCAGGUGGUCUGAAGGGGUGACAGAAG